AUGGCAAUCCGAGCUUUCAACAUUGAGAUCUCCAGGAUACCAGAUAUCGUGUCGAACACUACCAUUGGACAGAUGAGACAUCAGUUCUGGAAAGAUACAAUCAACAAGACCUUCAAUGCGAACCCACCUGAGGAACCUGUUGCUACUCUUUUGUCCGCUUAUAUGCAGGAUACUGGUAUCAGACUGAACAAGACAUGGCUCACAAAGAUCGUCUCCGCUCGGGAACAAGCAUUGCUACGACCAGGAUUCACCAAUAUUUCAGAGCUCGAGAGCUACGCUGAGUCAACCUAUUCAAUGCUCCUGUACCUCACCCUCUCUGCGAUACCUCUCAAUUCUCUGACUGCAGACCACGUUGCUUCACAUUGUGGGGUACGGGAGGAGGACAUCUACCGAAAUGGCGGCAAUGCCGAAGGCCUCAGAGACGCAGUUUUUGCAGUCGCAACACGAGCCUCUGAUCAUCUGAUCACUGCUCGGUCUCUGGUCAAGGAAGUCAACUCGUACCAGGAACCUAGCCACGAAUUUGAGCACUUGUAUGACGAGGGACACGAAUAUGGAAGUCAGAACACAGACACUCAGCAGCCACAGGAAGUUCGCAAGCGUGAUCUCCAGCAAGUCUAUGGAGUAAUAAUGGGUCCAGCUAUAAGCACACAACUGUGGCUAGAUCGUCUACAAAAGGUUGAUUUCGACAUCUUUCACAAUUCUUUACGGAUACAGGAGUGGAAACUGCCUAUUGUUGCUUGGUGGAGGAACAGGCAGAACACGUUCUGA